AUCCUCGGAUAAGCGCGGGUACAUUUCUAACGGGUGAAAACGAAAUGUUAGCACUGAGGAGCAUGUAAUCACUUACCAUUUCACAAACUAUUGGAUAAAUUCGUAUGGAGACCAUCCAGUGAAACUGCCCACUGCAAUUGCGCAAACAAAUUCACGGAGGUACCGACUGGCAAUUGACCAAACAGCAUCUGUAGGGGAGAGGGAGAGGCUUACAGCGGAGGAGUGGAAUGGAACCGCUAGGCGUUGUUAGAGCCCCUAUCAUUUCUUCUUUUACGCCGUGGAAUUCCCUUCUCCUUCCUAAGCGCCUUCAAAGCCAUCGUUUUUGCGUUUCCUGCACUUCUUCAGGAUCUAGAUCAGUAGAACAUGCGAAAACUGCAGCUUCAACUCCAGAAUACAAGCCCGGUGUAUUUGAUGACUUGUUCCUCAAUUUGUUCCGCAACAAAUUAGUGGCGGAGGUUGGAUGGGAUUCAAACAAACCUGGAUAUGAUGGACUUAUUGAAGUUGCGAACCAUCUCAUGAUGAAGGGCAGAACAAGAGCUGAUACGAUUGAAGCAGCGGUACGAGUAUUGAGGUCCUUGUUUCCUCCAUUUCUUUUAGAGCUAUAUAAAAUUCUCAUAGCUCCUAUAGAUGGGGGCAAAGUUGCUGCUAUGAUGGUUGCAAGGGUUACUGCACUGACCUGUCAAUGGCUAAUGGGCCCGUGCAAAGUCAAUUCUGUCGACUUGGACAAUGGAGUCUCUUGCAGUAGUGGGGUUUAUGUGGAAAGAUGCAAGUAUCUGGAAGAAAGCAAAUGUGCCAGUAUUUGCAUCAAUACUUGCAAAUUUCCGACACAGACUUUCUUCAUGGAUCAUAUGGGAGUUCCACUGCUAAUGGAGCCCAACUUCAGUGAUUACAGUUGUCAGAAACUCGGAUGGAUAGUCAUCAACCAACAGUGAUGGCAUUCUUGUCGAGCUCUUGCUGCUUUAAGAGACCAGUGAUUGAAGUCCAUUACAUUUUCUUCGUCUUCAUUGUGAUCUAUUUCAAGAUCUUUGGAACAAUUGAAAGAUAGAAGCGGGAGGCAUAAUUAGAGUAAAACUAGUUUUCCAGCGUUGACCACUGAUUGUGGGCUGUGCCUGAAAACUGAAGUUCUAUUAGCAAUUAAGGAUCUAGACGGAGUUAAAGUUGACAGUCCGUGUGUCAAUUUUUGGUGUCUUAAAGCCGCAGAUGUUGACGGAAAAUAGUUGUAUAACCAAUAUGUCUAAUAAGAUAAACUGGUGCCACAAGUUUCUUAUAGUUGUAAAACACUAAAAUGUCAGUUCAAAUUUGGAGUCCUUCCACCACAACCGGAAGAUGACAGCAUCCUGAAAGAGCCCUGCCUGGAGGCAUGUCCACAUGCUGUCAAGCGAAGAGUCGUUGCCAGGAAUAUAGAUGAAGCUCAAGCUCCGUGCCCCAAGAU